UAACCUUCAGCGAGCACAUUACAGAGAGGUUAACCUAUUUUCUGAUUCCUGUUAGUUGACAGAAUGUUGGCGAACCACACAAACCAAACGGAUGACGACCUCUUCUCCUGCUACAGUCCUUCAGUCGUAGGCUACCGGUACUUUGCUGUGGUGUGGGGAUGUGCUGUGACCAUCACCGGUACAGUGGGGAACCUGAUGACCAUUCUAGCCUUCUCCUUAGACAAACAUCUGAGGACUCGCUUCAAUGUACUCAUCGUCAACCUGGCUGUAGCUGAUCUCCUGUACUGCACCAUACUGCAGCCCAUCUCAGUCGACUCCUAUCUACACCUCAGAUGGCGCAGUGGUGAGGUCUGGUGCAGCAUUUUUGGCCUGCUCCUCUUCCUCUCCAACUCCGUCUCCAUUAUCACCCUCUGCCUGAUAGCAGUGAGCAGAUACCUUCUGGUUGCAAAACGCACUGUGUUUGAACGCGUGUUCUCGGACCGAGGUCUUACUGUCCUCCUGAUGUCAGCAUGGGCACUAGGCCUGGCCAGCUUCGGCCCGCUCUGGCCUGUUUACACGUUUGUGCCACAGGUGUGCACAUGCAGCUUCCACCGUACCAGAGGUCGCCCCUACACCACCAUCCUGCUAUUUUUCUACUUUUUUAUUGGUCUGGGUUGCGUUGGUGCAUUUUACCUCCUCAUUU